AUGCCAAAACAUCAAAAUAAGAAUAAAAAAGGAAGUUCACAACAAACAAAAGUAAAAGAAAGGUUUAUAAGGAGUAAAACAGAAAAGAAAAAGAAAGAAAUUCAAAAAGAGGAAGAAAUACCUAAAAUCACAGAAGAAGAAAAAGAAAAAUAUUUACAAAAAUUUAAAAGAAAAUAUGUAGAAAAAGAGAAAAAGGAGCAACUAGGAUUAAAACAUCCAAAUGAUUUAAAAACACCAAUCAAACAAAAAGAAAUUGGAAUAGAAACUGCACAAAGAGUUAUUCAACCUAUUAUUAAACAUAAUGAAAGUAAAAUUACGUUUAGUAGAACAAACAAAAGAAAUGAAAAUAUAACUAGCCAAUUCAAAGAAACGUCUGAUGGAUUUGAUAUUCCUAAAACGAAAAUAGAACGUCAAAAAACAAUGAAAGUGCAAACAGAAAUUAAAUUUAAUAAUCAGUCAUUUGAUGAUGAAUCUAUUGAUCAAAAUGAUUCUGGAAUGAUUACGUUUAACGAAAUUGAACAACCAACACAUGAGAAUAAUGUCACAAUUCAGUUAGAUGGGGUUGAAGAGAAAAAUAAAACAACAACUUUUACAGAAAAUGAAAAUAAAAUCUCGAAAUUUCAAACAAAUCAACAAGAAGAACAAAGUGAAGAUAGUUUUGUUAUUCACAGAAAUCAUCCGAUCGAGACACCAAAGAAAGAUUUCCAUCUUACAGAAAUAGAACAAAGCAUCCAACCAAUGCAAUUUGAAACAAAUGUAGAAAUCAGUGAAACAAGUUAUAAAACACCUAUUAAAUACCAAGUCGAAAAGAAGCAAUUAAUUGAACAUGAUACAGUUCAACAUACAUCUCCAAGACAAAGUCCAAAGAAAAUAUUCAAAAAGGAAAAACAAUUCAAUACCACCGUUAUUAUUCCAAAAAAACAAGAAGAAACAAAAAAAUUAGUAUUAAUUGAAGAUGAACCAAUAAAUAAAAAAGAUAUAAACAAGAGAGAUGAGGAGGUUCAAGAGAAAAUGACUAAUGAAGACAAUCAAGAAAUGACUGAAGAAACAUCAUCAAUAUUAUCUGUUAUGAGUUUUGGAGAAGAACGAGAGAUGAAUAAUGAUAAAAUUCCAAUGGAGGUUGUUGAAGAAGAAGAAAUAGAAAAUAAAAAUGAAGAAUCAACAAAUCAAAACAAUGUUAAAGACGAUAAAGUUAUUACUUCAGAGUUAAUGAGUAAAAUUGAAGAACAAACAACAUUAUUAUCAGUAUUACCAUUUGGUGAAGACAGAAUAAAAGGAAUUAAUGGGUUAAGAGAAAUGAAAGAGAUAGACAUUCUUGAGAACAAUGAACAAAAACAAAAAGAGUCAAUCAAAAAAUCAUUCACACAAGAACGAAAAAAUCGAAUCAAUAAAAAAUUGGCAAGACCACAUGAAAUGAUUCAAUUCAAUGAUGGAAAUCAAGUUAUUUCUCAAAUGAGUGUUGUUGAAACAAAGACAGAAGAAGAGUCUAUAAAUCAGGAACCAAUCAAACCAAUAGUUCAAGAACCACAAAAAAUAUUAACACAAAAAUUUGAAAUAAUAAAUAAUGAAAUAGAAGAAGUUAAGGUAACAGAUAUACAACCAACAACUAAUUUUAUUGGAGUUGAUAUUGUUAAAGAAAUUAAAGAAAUUAAGAUUAAUGGUCAAAACAAAAUAAUUUGUAAAGUCAAAGAAGAAGAGGUAGUUUGUGAAAAAUAUAUUCUUAAACCUUGCAGAUUUUUAAGACUAAGAGAAAAAGAACAAGUUGAAUUUCCAUGUAUCCCCCCUAGAAUCAAAACACCACCAUUAGAACAUCAUAUGGUUGAAGAAGAAAAACAUUUUCUAGAACCAGAGCCAUGUUUUAAUGAUUAUUAUCGACUUAAACCAAAAUGUUCUUUAAAAGAAGAGUUGUGUAUUGUUCCAUUGAGAAAACAAUUGAAUUGGAAAGCGUUGAAUAAUCCACAAAUGGAAAGAAUAAUAGAAGAAGAAGUUUCAAUUCCAAUGGGGUAUUUUUCUAGAGUUUUUCUAGAUAAUGACACUGAUUUUGAAGAUGACUUUGUUGAAUCAACUAACUCCAAAUUAAAGAUUGUAUUUUAA